AUAGUCUAUGAGUUGAAGUUCCCCCUCCUGAUUAUGAAAGAUUUGACACACAAAACAGAUGGGUAUGUUUUUGUUUCGAUAUUUCUUCUGGAAUUUAUCGUUAACAAAAAUGAACUAUUACGCUGUUGCUCACGGACGUUGUCCAGGAAUCUACGAUACGUGGAAUGAAUGCAAAGAUCAAGUAAACAAAUUUCCGGGCGCUGUAUUCAAAAAAUUUUCUACGAAAUCUGAAGCCAAAGAUUUUAUUGCAACGCACACAAAUUCUUCCAGUCGUCACAAAGGAAAGCAAGCAUCGUCUAGUUCUCUACCUCCUAAAACAUUUAGCUCUCGAUCUCAAGCACCAGUAAGUAAAGUAUCAAGAAAGACAUCUUUAAUAACAGGAUAUUUUGAAAUCAAACCAUCAGCUGAAAAAAAUAAAGAAGAAUCUAAAAGGUAUUCACAUUAUAAUAAUUCUUCUUCAUCGCAAUCUUUUAUGAGAGAUGCAGAUGGAAGAGUAGAUAUUUACACUGAUGGUGCCUGUUCUGACAAUGGACGUAGAUCAGCUCGAGCUGGUAUAGGUGUUUAUUUUGGUGAUAAUCAUCCUGAGAAUGUAUCUAAACCAAUAAAUGGUAGGGCAACUAAUAACCGUGCAGAAAUAGAAGCUGUAAUAGAAGCAGCUAAUAUAGCUAAGAGACAUGGUAUGGAAAAAAUUAGGAUUAAUACAGAUUCGGAAUUUUUAAUUAAUUGUCAAGAAAAGUGGAUGCCAAAAUGGAAAGCUAAAGGUUGGAAAACUGCUAAAAAUCAACCGGUUAUUAACAAAGAAGAAUUAAUAAGAAUGGAAGAAGCACUGGCACCUCUUGAUGUGGAAUUUUUGCAUGUCAGAGGUCAUCAUGGUGUGCAUGGCAAUGAAAUGGCUGAUAAAUUAGCCAGAAAAGGAGCAGAACAAUAUUCAUAAUAUUUUUAAAUAAAAGUUUUUUUUUCUACACAUAUAUACAUAUACAUAUAUAUAUUACUCAAUACUUAUAUUAAUUAAUUGCAUCAUCAUCAUCAUUUAAUAACAUUGAAUAUUGUGCAGGUUACACGAUAUUAAAC